AUGUCAGUUUUCGCAUAUACCAAGACGGGUCCGGCGGACUGCCCAGCCGACGUGGACUAUUCCAAGGUGCAAGGGAAGACCGUGAUCAUUACGGGCGGCAGUAACGGACUGGGAGCAGCGUACAUCAAAGCGUUUGCUGAAAACGGGUUCCUCCUGGAAGCCAUGCUGGCUGCGGACCAUCUCAUGCUAAGCUCUACCGGCAGCAUUCUCUUUGUAACAUGCGACGUCACCUCUUGGGACGAUCUGGUGGCCUUGUUCGAGACGGCCCGGGCCAAAUCCCCUAAUGGAGGAAUUGAUGUCGUGAUUGCAAAUGCCGGCAUCUUCAAGGAAGACCUUUUCUUCGCCGGUACGUCGUCGCCCUUGUCUUGCCAACAGUUUGAAUCCUUCUCUGCGCUCGUGGGAUCAUUCCCUCUGAACAAUGGUGAAAACACUCUGCUCAUCGACCUUUCUCAAACAGGCCUGGACUCACCCGUUCCAACCAAGCCCAAUCUCAAAAUGAUGGAUGUUAAUAUCUAUGGAGUGUUCUACACAGCCAAGCUGGCAGCUCACUACUUCAGCCAGCAACCAGAAGACAAGUAUGACCGAUGCCUAAUUCUGAUUGGUAGUGUCAUGAGCUAUCUUGACACGUACGGCGCGGUUAGCUAUGGCAUGUCCAAACAUGGCGUUCGAGGUCUGAUGGGUGUUCUGCGGAGGCGUGGCAUAAUGCGUGUGAACAUGCUAGCACCCUGGUAUACUCCUUCCACUGUCAAUACUGCUGAAUUCCAAAAUUACCUAGAGGACCUUUUUGCCUCUCAAGGUCUAUCCUUUGCCGAGGUGAACGAUGCGGUCAAAGUGAUUAUGAGAAUAGCAACAGACCCAACCCUCAACGGUCGCACCCUCAGUAACGUCCCUCGACUUGUGGCUCGUUCUGGAUACGUGGACUUCGCCAUGGACGACUUUGAGGAGGGCUCUAUUUUGGACCGUUUCCAGAGAAGUGUCGCACAGAUCAAGUACACCCAUAUGGCGUCUCCUCCCAGCAAGAAAUAA